GGUUAAGGAAAAGAGGAAGAGACGAAGACGCUUAUAUAGUUAGUAGGUACGAAUACCGAGGUGAUCGAUAAGAUAAGAAAAUCCGUAAAAGUACCUAGGUACAUACAUGUACAACUCGAAUAUAAAAUAAAAUAAAAUAAAAUAAUCUCAACCAAUCUUAUCUUUCUUAUACUGUUCAACCGCGCUUAUGAGCCCGAUAUGGUUGACCCCAAUACGGUCGUGUUCUCGGACACGGGGCUAUUAUAGCGUCCAUUUCUUAGGAAUAUCAUCAGCCGCAUCGCGAUGCUUCUCAUCUUCCUUUAGAAGGCCGCAGCGCUUUCUUACCCUGGCUAUCGAGACAUCAUGCGACGACACGUGUGUCGCCGUACUGGAGAAGGAUGUGGGUGCGGGAGGAGCAGCGUAUCUCCGCUUUAACAAGAAGAUCACGUCUGACAAUCGUGAAUUCCGCGGUGUCGACCCCAUGACAGCUGUGGCGUCCCAUACACAGCACCUAGCGAAUUUAAUAAAGGAGGCUUUGCAUACGCUGCCCGAAGCGCAGGGAACUCCUACCGGGAAACAUGAAAGGACAGACGGUAACCAGGACGGAGCACAAAGCGCAAAGGACGAUGUCCUGCGGGUCGACGGGCGUCUCCGCCGAAAACCGGACUUCGUGACGGUUACCCGCGGGCCCGGCAUGAUGUCGAAUCUCUCGACGGGGCUCAACACAGCCAAGGGGCUCGCCGUCGCCUGGGAUGUGCCAUUACUCGGCGUCAACCACAUGCAAGCACAUGCUCUGACGCCAAGACUCGUCAGUGCUCUGCAGCGAGGCGAAGAGCAACGACAAAAUCCAGGGGAAGCACCAACCACAACAGCAGAUGAGGAUAUGGAGCUAGCGAAUACAACGGAAGAAAAUACAGAAACCCCGUCGUUCCCCUUCCUCUCCCUUCUCGUCUCGGGCGGACACACCCUGCUCCUGCUUUCGCGGUCCCUCAACCACCACACCAUCCUCGCCGAGGCGAACAGCAUCGCGAUCGGCGACAUGCUCGACAAGUGCGCGCGGGAGAUCGUGCCGCCCUCCGAGAUCGCCGCAGGCGACAGUGUCAUGUACGGCCCCGUGCUCGAGCGCUUCGCCUUCCCCGAGCCCCCCGGCCUCGACAUCGACUACGAGUACACGCCCCCCGCCACGCGCGCCGACGAGAUCGAGCUCUACGACUCGGGCCUCGGCUGGGGCCUCACGCCACCACUGCACCGCACGACGCAGAUGGCCUACGAGUUCGCCGGCAUCAACGGGCAGAUCCUCAAGCUCCUGCUCGCCCGCCCCGACAUGCCCCUCCCCGAGCGCCGCCUGCUCGCCCGCCACGCCAUGCGCCUCGCCUUCGAACACCUCGCCUCCCGCCUCCUUCUCGCCCUGAAGAAGCACCUCCCCGCCGCCGCCGACGAACCCUCCCCGCGCACCCUCGUCCUCGCCGGCGGCGUCGCUAGCAACCGCUACCUCGUGCACAUCCUGCGGUCCGUCCUCGACGCCCGGGGGCACGGCUACCUCGCGCUUGUGCGCCCGCCCGCUUCCCUGUGCACCGACAACGCGGCCAUGAUCGCCUGGACGGGCAUGGAGAUGUAUGAGGCGGGGUGGAGGAGCGAGCUGGAUGUCCUGGCCAUUCGGAAGUGGUCGCUUGACCCGGAAGCCGAGGGUGGCGGGAUCUUGGGUGCGGGGGGUUGGGCUAGGGAUGGUGUUAGUAAAGGAGAGAAGGAUUAGGAAAAUGAAAAAAAAAAAAAAAAAAGAGAAGUAGAUGGCUGUACGAUCACGUCUAUAUGAUUUCACUUCAUUGCAUUGCAUUGGGCGGCAUGCUAUGAUAGCAUAGCAUAACAAUCUACAUACCUAACCUAGCCUAUGUAGGUAGAUAUAAUGGAGUUACUAAGGGUUUGACGAGUAAACCGGAAAAUUGCACGGAUUGUGGAAAGAGAACAUCUCAAUGUUUCCAUUGUUA